UCUUUAUUCCAGACUUUAUCUUUUGGUUUAAUUAUUUUUAACAAGAUGGCUCUUUUCAUUGGAAGAAUCCCUAGGGAUAUGAGUACCCGUGAUCUUGAAGAUGUGUUCAGCAAGUACGGUUCGAUCACUCGGCUCGAUCUAAAGCAAGGCUUUGGCUUUGUUGAAUUUGAAGAUAACCGUGAUGCGGAAGAUGCUUUGAAAGGCGUCAAAGAUCACGAACAAAUUAUUGUAGAAUGGGCAAAGAACGGUGGAAAGCGACCUGGAGAGAACGAGUGCUUCCAUUGUGGAAAAGAAGGUCACUGGGCUAGAGAUUGUCGUGCACGCAACCGUGAUGGCGGCAGUCGCUUUGGCGGUCGUGAUCGUGAUCGAUCCCCUCGACGUGACAGAAGGGAUUUUGGCCGCAGAGAUUAUGAUCGCAGAGAUCGUGACCGAUCGCCUCGUCGUGAUUAUCGUUCCAAGGAUUACCAGCGUCCUGCUGAGCGUCGCGACCGUGGUUUUGCUCGCGGCGAUGAGCGUGACUCUCGCAAGGAAGACCGUGAAUAUCGCAGAGAAGACCGUGGUGCUCGCAGAGAAGAGAGAGAGGAAUUCCGCAAUGGUGAUCGUGCCAGUCCUGAAAAAGAAGAUCGCGAGUAAAAAAAGUCUUUUCUUCAAGCUAACCUGUUCCCCCAAUCAUAAUUAACAAAAAAAAAAAAUGCAUCUUGUUUGAAAGAGAUUAGAUGCUAUUGUUUUCUUCAUGACUAUUAAAACCUCUAAAAGCUUAGUUAUGCUUUUAUAAACAUUGCUAUUAAAUAAAGGG